UCUGGGUGUUAUGAAUAUUUGUGGUGAGGUUUCUUAUAAUGAUCCUGAUAAGAAUUUCGAAAUUCUUGAUGAUGUCAGUGUUGGAAAUAAUUCUAAAAGUUUUAAACAAUCAACUACACCUUUGCUAUCAUCUGCGCAUAGAUGGGGUGCUGUUCUUCCAUUCGAUUGUAUAGAUCAACAUAAUAAUGAUUCAGCAAAAUCACUUCAAUUUAUAGCAAAGUGGGUAAAUGAUAUAUCUGAAUCUAAUCAUGAAGAAAUUAAUGAUGAAGAAUCAGAUGACAAUAUAACUAGAGACAACAAAAAUAAUAUAUCUAAAAAACAAAGU